GACAAAAACUGACCUUGUUCCUGUUUUCCCCCUUAAAUGAAACUGCAACUACUUUCUUCUUCUACUUCUUCUUUUGCCACAGUUUUCAGUUCAGACACUACCCAAAAACCAAAAUUGUUACAACCUUAACCCUACUAAAGUUUCCUUGAUCUCCUGAGGAAGCACUUGGGGGUACUAUAUUUACCAAGAAGAAGAAGAAGAAGAAGUGAAACCAAAAAAGGAAAGUUAAAAAAUCAAAACUUUAGCCGACUUGGAACCUCCUUGUUCCACCCCUCUUCCAAUACACCCCAGCCUUUAAUCGAGUGCACCAUCUCUGAAUUAUUCACGUGGUCCCCGAGUAUACAAUCAAUUGACCCAAUGGGAGCUGGGGAAGAGAGCACCCCUACAAAGCCUUCAAAACCGGCUUCAACUCAGGAGACACAAACUACACCCUCAUAUCCUGAUUGGUCAAGCUCUAUGCAGGCUUAUUAUAGCGCUGGAGCUACUCCUCCCUUCUUUGCCUCACCUGUUGCUUCUCCUGCUUCCCACCCAUACUUGUGGGGAGGCCAGCAUCCUCUUAUGCCUCCUUAUGGGGCUCCAGUCCCGUAUCCAGCUUUAUAUCCUCCUGCUGGAGUUUAUGCUCAUCCUAACAUGGCCACGCACACUCCAAACGCUGUGCAGGCAAAUCUUGAAUCAAACAGGAAGGAUCCUGAAGGAAAGGAUCGGAGUACGAACAAAAAGUUAAAGGCCAGUUCUGGUGGCAAGGCAGGCGACAGCGGGAAAGUUGCUUCGGGUUCUGGAAAUGAUGGUGCCACACAAAGUGAUGAAACCAGAAGUGAAGGUACAUCAGAUACAAAUGAUGAAAAUGAUAACCAUGAAUUUGCUGCAAGUAAGAAGGGAAGCUUUGAUCAAAUGCUUGCCGAUGGAGCCAGUGCGCAGAAUAAUCCCACAACAGCAAAUUACCAGACCUCUAUGCAUGCAAAUCCUGUCACUGUGCCUGCAACUAACCUAAAUAUUGGAAUGGAUGCGUGGAAUGCAUCAUCUGCCGGUCCUGGAGCGAUCAUAAUACAGCCAAAUGCGAAUGGUCCAGUUAUAGGACAUGAAGGAAGGAUGAAUGAUCAAUGGGUUCAGGACGAACGUGAACUUAAAAGACAAAAGAGAAAGCAAUCUAAUAGGGAGUCAGCUAGGAGGUCAAGGCUACAUAAGCAGGCUGAGUGUGAAGAGCUGCAGCGUAGGGUAGAAGCUUUGAGCGGCGAGAAUCAUUCACUCAAAGAUGAGCUCCAACGGCUCUCUGAGGAAUGUGAGAAGCUUACGUCAGAGAAUAGUUCGAUAAAGGAAGAGUUAACGCGGUUGUGUGGGCCAGAUGCUGUGUCUAAGCUAGAGAGCAACGGCAAUGCCAGUCAUCUACAAUCUAACGUUGAGGAAGCUAAUUAAGGAAAAGCCAGGACUGAGUAGGUGAUUUAAGUUACAACUUACAAGUGCUCACAAAUAUUUCAGGAGCCAAAAGAAUUCAUUGCUUCUAGGUGCAGCAGAAUGAGAAAUGUUUGUUGUCCUACUAACCUAUACCCUUUAACCCUUUUUGAGUGCGACUGGAACAUUUAUUUUCUAGUUGUAACCCCAGUGUUGAGUCAGUCUGUGCUCUUGUUAAAUUAACUACAAUAACUGGAAUGUAAACUAAGUCGUCUUUCUGGUGAGUGCACCACUAAGUACUGUUGGAAUUUGACCUUCUUUGCAUUGGAUAUCUUUAAAGCCUCUUGCAUUGAA